ACUUUCCGCUCCACCACCUUUAACUGGCCCUUUGGCCACCAAUAAUGCCCUGUUUGAUGCCGAGCGAAUUCACACUGACCAGGUUGGCGUGCCUCAUAGCUAUGCGUCCUACGGAGACAACAUGUACGCAGUCACUGACAGGGGCCAGGUUGUCAAUGUGGCGCCCUGCAGACCUGUAGUGGUGGCCAAUCUCAGGACCCGCGGCUGUCAGACAGCAAAAGACUGUGGUCACCUGAUCAGCAUUCGCCUUAGUCCGGACAAUCUCCUGCUAGUUCUGGAUGCCUACAAAGGAUUAUUUGAAGUGCAUCCAUACAGCGGUGUGGUCAGACUUGUGUAUGACGCCACCAUCUUGGUCAACGGUCGACCUAGCCUCUACCUCAACGACUUCACCUUCCUUCAAGAUGGAACUCUGGUCUUUAGCGAUUCCAGUCCAACUUUCGAUUACGACAAUGAGUUUUGGAUACGGUUUGAAGGAAGACCCGAUGGCAGACUUGUGACGUACAAUGCAACCAGUGGACAGGCCAAGGAGUUUCUAGCUGGCAUAUCCUACCCAACUGGCCUAGAAGUCACUGAUGAUGGGAAAGCUUUGCUGGUGUCUGAGGCAGGCAGAGCGAGAAUUUUAAGAAUUAGCCUGAGCAAAGACAAGUUCAUGCAUCGAUCCUUCUUCAGUGAGAACCUUCCUGGCAUGCCCGAACAUAUCCGGAAGUCAGGGCGCGGCACCUACUGGGUGGGUCUGUCCUACCCCAGAUACCAGGGAGAGGUUUCCAUCACCGACCAAUAUUCCAACAAAGCGUCAUCUAGAAACUUCUUGGCAGUGCGUCGCACAAAGCAACAACUGCAGCUGAUGUACACAAAGCGAGGUCUUGCUAUCGAGAUGGACAACAAUGGUAAAAUCGUUCGCAGUUUUCACGACCCAACAGGGCUCAAGAUCGGAGAGGUACUUGAGCUACUGGAGUACUCGGCGGUGCUGUAUGUGGGUACUCGGGCACAGCGAUCCACGGUGCGCAUUGUUGGGUCACCCAAUUCCCUCACUGUGGAUUCCUUGGUGCAGGUUCUGCGAGGACGUUGCCAAGUGACGGAAGACAGAAUCCAAGAAACAAAAGCUUCACUGGAACAACAGCAAAAAGCAAAGAAAAACACAGCAGCAAAUGAUCAACGAUCGGCUGGCAUGCCAGGAAGUGUGGGUGCAGGAGACUAUAACCCACCUCCAACGCGACGUGUAGACAUUAAUCAGGGUUUGUCUCAGUUACAUAGGACUUUGAUUGGUGCGCCACGGAGAGGACAGACUUACCCUCGGCCUCCCCAGGGUUUUGAAAGUUCGCAAGGUCCCCCUCCACCUUAUAAACAAGACGGUCCUAAUUUGGCACCGUCAUACAGCCAUCAGGGUCCAAAUGUGGCACCACCGUAUCAAAGUCCAAAUAUGCCACCACCGUAUCAAAGUCCAAAUAUGCCACCACCGUAUCAAAGUCCAAAUAUGCCACCACCGUAUCAGAGUCCAAAUAUGCCACCACCGUAUCCAGGUCCAAAUAUGCCACCGCCGUAUUCAGGUCCAAAUAUGCCACCGCCUUAUCACGGUCCGAACAGGGACCCCCCGUAUCAACAGUACAGGCAUAUUAGGCCUCCACUGCAGCAACAGCCAGGGCAGCCUAAUCAACUAAAUGAAAACCCCCUUCUGCCUCAAAGGAAUGUUGCUUUCGAAGAUCCUUUCUUGCCAGCUAACGGUCCGCAAGCAGAUAUACCGUUACAGAGGGCUAACAAAGUACCUCCUGGCCAGAAUUUACAACACAGCGGAGGUCAGCCUCACGUUGUACACACUCUUUAUCAGGGAGAGCUGGUUAGUCAUGUCAUUCUGGGCAAAAAGGCAGAAGCAGCAUUGGCAGGAAGCUUGCUGACAGAGAGUCCUCAAGUCAGCCAAUCCCAAAAUGAAAAUCCCACAUCACCCCCAACAGUUCCUGCCCUCAAAGUUUCACCAAGGCCACAGAAACAAGCAGAAAUAGUUACUCCACAAAAAGUCCCUGAAGAAAUCAACGCCUUGGGUGGGUUUCUGGGGUUAGUAGAAAGUAACGCUAGAGCUGGGACCCCAGUUGGAAGUGAAAGUCAACAGCCUAAACAGUCACAGUAUGCUCCACUAUCCACCCCAGAUCAAAAUGCGCCGGGGCAUCUAGAACCUUUACACGGAAUAAUUCCAUCUUCAGCCCAUCAGGCAGAUCAAAGUUUACAAAGUGGAGCAUCUUUUCCGAGUCUAGAACUGUUUACUAGUGGCCAAGAUCUGCCUAAACAGAAUCCAGUACCUGCAUCCAGGCUGUCCUCUGGAGGAUUGAACAGUUCUUUAAGGCAGUCCAGUAGUUCUGUCAGCGAUGCUCAGAAACAGCUUAGGGCAGAUGUUGUGGACAUGCCAAAUGUUAUACAAAGCAUGCAAAUGUUUCAUCCUACAGAUCGCCCAGAGCAAUCAGCACAACCGCAAAAUCAAGCUGGUCCCAAAGUGGGGUCGAACUUUCAACAGAAAGCAUCACUUCUCAAACAAGGCCUGCUGCAACUUCACAAAAUAUUCACGGCAAGUACAGCUACUGUUCAACCCCCGACCACCGUGCGGAAAGAAUCUAGAUCAACUGCACAGGUCACAAUUUCCUUUGUCCGUGUUCCAACAAGGAAACCACCCGAACAAAGAACAAACAAUGGUGAUGUUCGUAACGGCAAUACCUCUCAGUAA